AUGAUGAGUUUAUCGGAUUUGUACCAACCUGGUACUUCAGAGAAAGUACAGGACUUGGACCAUGACCUGAAAAAGGAACUCGAUGAACUGAAGGCAGCAGUCGAGGAAUAUGAGCUCUUAUUUCAAACUCCAGCCAAACCUAUAAGUUCUGUUCACAUUCCUAAGGAUGCAGAGCAUUUCAAACUGGAAAGAAAACUGGUGAUAUCACGGCUUCUGCAGGUGAGUGAGUCCCAACCUCUGAAGCUUCAGGCAGACUUGAUGAAGGAAGAGAUGAUGACAUGUGAUUCUCUGGAAUAUACACCCAAAAGUUUGCCCCUUCUUCUGCACCAGUAUUUUCUGGAGAGAAUUCAGCAGCUUAUCCACUGUAAAUAUCUACACAUGUUGAGAUGGAAACGCUUCUGUGAACACACCAGUACUAUAGAGUCACUUUACCCUCAUUACACCAAGCGACUUGCCCGUAUUGUAGCAGAGUUCAAUGACUGUGUCGCAAGGGCAAAGAGACUGAGUGGAGCUAGAGAUGCUUAUUUGGCUGGAAAUGACUCUGGAAUGAGUUAUGUAAAGAUGGAUGACCUUCUCAUUUAUUUGCGAUGGCUGACAUGUCAUAUGUACUCUAUGAGGACCCCAAAUCAGUUUCUCAAGAUACUUCAUUGGUUACCCAUACUGUAUAGAGCUGACACUGUACCACCAAGUAAAGACCAAGAGGACUUGGAGGAUACAGCAAGUGCCUCUAAAAUUGCAUCGCGUUAUCAGGAUGACAACAUGGGUUUAUUCCAGAAGCCGAAGCCAGGGUCAUCUCGUCCUAGCUCAGCAGCAUCUACACAAGCCUCAAACACUGUGCCUUCAGCACCACCUAUCAGUGCCAAUCUGUUGACAACAUCCCCACUUCCAUCUUCAGCUUUCACAAUGGCAGCUGCUGCUGCAGGUGGAGGCCUGGCCACUGAUGAAAGUUCACUUGGGAUUCCACUUAAUGUGAUCGAUUUUGCCUCUCUUAAGCCUCAUCUCAGUUUCCUACUCAACAUAUAUGGAAUCAACUAUGAUUUAGAAAGCAUACACACUCCUGCAGAUGAAAUGGAGUUAUACGCAGCUGUUAACAGGAAAUUCCGACUCCUGUUCCUCCGUCAAGAAAACAUGAGAACCUUUAAGGCCUAUGACCGUGUAGAGAUUGGAAUGGAGAAUUGGGGCUCUGAUUCCUCAACACAUGCUCUCAGACAGGAAGCUAACUGGGUGCCCUACAUUCGCCUACGCCCUGAAAAAGAACCAAUUCAGGAAAAAAAAUGGACACAGCUACGUCAAGCCAAUAAAACUGAUGAGAUCCUCAAAAUCAAAUAUGGUUUCCUGAGUAUGGCUGAUCCAAAGAGAGUACAAGAUAUAUUACGAGACCAUGCAGCUGUAAUUCGUGACCCAGUCCCAGUGUUUCCUGCUUCUGUAACCUCUAACAAGUCCAACGCCUGCUACAACACUGCUGCCACCUGGAGGAAGAUCUACAGCAAUCCAGACCGUUAUACAGAUGAGGAUGCUGAUGAUGAGAGUCGAGAGCUUGAUGACAGAGAGAUAGAAAAUGUUGAUUUGACACAGUCUCGAGCUUCAAGCGCCAGGAAACGUAAAGACAGUUAUGAUUAUAUGAACACAGUCAGAAUGCUGGGUAUGGAUGAUGGGAAGGAGGAUACAGAUCCAGCCACUGUCCAGGGGGCAUACCUUUCCUUUCUACACUUACGACAUCUGAGACUCCGAGACCUCCAUCGAACAGUGCUGAGUUGUUUGAAUUACUACCGAUCGUUAGAAAGAACACUCUGUAUAAAUGAUGCUGGGCUUACACAAGAAGGAAGUGACUAUAAGAAGACUUUCCCACAGAACCACAGACGAUCCACAGAACAUGAAGGAACAGUUGGAGGAGGCGGAGGGAUUGGUAACCAUGGUUACAUCCACAACACCCCCGCUGACUACAAGUUGAAUGAAGCUGAGUUCAUACAGUAUGCUGAUGUUGACAAUCAUGAUGACUUCUACACGAUCGAGGAAGGACGGGUUCACGUACAUGAUCAGCGGGGAUACUUCAUCAUCUAUGAUGCGGCAGAGACUGACCUCAAGGAUUUGGAGAAAGAUUUGCUGCUCGUGGCUACCCACUAUAUAGAGAAAGACAGAGAUCUACGACAGCAGUCACGAAUUGUCAGAUCAUCAGAUUCGAUGAAGCGUAGACAGAUAUCAGAGAUGGGUCCUGGAGAUUUCGACAUCGCCAGCUAUGCACAUCAAGAGGUGGACAGGUUUGGGGUGUUGAUGGAUCUAUGGACGAAUGAGGCUGCCUAUCAGGAAUGUAAACGAGAGGUCAUGGAUUGUUAUGUAGAGGCCUACCAACACGUGUUUGAUCGUGAUGAGAAAAGAGCCCUAGCACAAGUCAUCACCAACCUUAUCUACAAGCGGCCUCGCUUUGACUUUGAUACAACAUACUUUGUGAAGACCUACAGAACAGAGUGUGUUAUAAUGCGACAGACAACAUCACUGGUUAAGGCCAUGCUUGACCGACAGGUGGAGCAACAAAGAGAGUAUACACAGAAAGUGUGUCGGGAGGGGGACUCGGAGUUUGGCCUGCCUCUCUGUGUCAUCCCGAAACAGCCAAUCUCAGUGAACCUGAGUCGACCAGCCCUGAAGAAUGUUUACAUGCUGGAGUUCCACACAUCACUGUCCAUGGCCAGCAAAGUUCCAGAGGCUCUCAAAUAUGCUUUACAGGAACUAAUACAUGCCCACAGACCAGAGUCUGUUUACGAUGCCCUCAUUAUAGAAAAGAAGAUGCUGGAGGCAGCCAACAAGGAAUGGAGCAAAAUGCAGCGUCCUGGGAAAUCUUACUCCGACCAACUGGAGAAAGAUUUGUUUUCUGAAGUGUUUGCUGAUGACCCGUUGUUUAUGUGUGAAAUUGCCCAGAACAUGGUCACACAGGGGGCAGAGGAAGCACAAAGAAAACCAGCCAAGGAGAGACAGGCCAUAAUGUUGGCCACUGUUGGUAGACUUAUGGAGGCACUGACCUAUCGAUACAGGCUGAUUAACUCCGCAUGGGAAACUGACAUAUUGGCUAAGAUUUAUAAGAAGCAGGCGGAGGAAAUGGGUUACCAUGAAUCUCACAUGUUUAUACGCUUUGUCCAAUUUGAGUAUGCCUCAUACAAGGAGGAUGCUGGGAAACCUCCACCAACCUUCAUGACCCAGGACCAAGAUGAAGAAUCAGCUGCUGACAGGUAUUUCUUAUACGUACCAAUUAAUCUGUUUCUUGCCAUACAUGAGUUAGAUGAGGGCCAUGUUGGCCGAUUCAGCUUUCGAAGCAGAGAGGGUGUCCUGCAGAUUAUGCGCCCUGGUGGUGUAGAAAGUUUAUCUGCGGUACUGAAGGCACAGAUUGUACAGAAAAAUGCCCUCCUGAGUGCCAUUCAGCUUGUUGAUGUCUGUACACCAUUAAAAGAGCCAGAGAAUUUCAAAAGCGGAAGAUUGAGUCCAACAGAAACAAAGAGUGAGAAAAGUUCCCUAACACAGUUGACCGGCUUCUCAAGUGGAACUGGGGGAACUGCUCUUGGAUCUAAAGGUUUGGGCAGGACAGCCCGCAACAGACCCCUCCCUGAGUCUUUUGUUUCCAUUAAACUGGAAAAGACCCCUAGUCGAGACCUGAUGCUGAAUCAGUUUGUACACAAGAAGAGCCAGAUGGGCAUGCUACUUAGGAACACAGAGGAGAUGGAGAAACUAAAAAGGAGCCUGAUUUCAGAGUUCUGUUAUAUGUUUAAUCGUCGUAUGGCUCAGUUUUCUCUGAGAGGACAAAUCAUUGCGUACUACAACAGCAUGCUCCGUCUGCUUGAGGACUUCCCAACAUUACGGAACACCUAUUUCAUGCUGGGAGAACCAAGUGAAAAGAAAGAAGAUGUGGAGGAUCUAUCUGGUCUCACUCCAGAUCCAAGACAGAGAAAGGCUCGUCCUCGCCAGCUUCUAACCAACAAUGGAAAACAUGUGUUGAAUGUCUGGUUCAUUCCACAUCACACAGAGGCUUUGAGCAUGUUCAAGAAGCUGGACGAUGCUGAUUGUGUCCAAGCUUUGACAUAUACCGUAAUGAUUGUUGCCUCGCUACAUGACAUGCUCCAGUAUCUGUGUGCUCAUUCACGGCUCGGUAGCUCUCUCGCUCGGCUCGGCACGCGAAGGAUGGAGUUUGUCUCAGCAGACUGGGGUGGAAUAGAAGGAAUAGGAUCUGAACUGAGAGAAAUCCAAAAGCAGAUUGAUAAUUUGCCGAACCCAAAUGAUCCUGCAACCAUUGCUGAACUACUGAACCUGCGGAAGGAGGUCAUGUUUCUGGAGUUUGACACAGCUGUCAGACACUGCAUGACCGAUACUUUCUUAUCAACUGGAAAUGUACAGGCAUUCCAGUCAAUCAAGCAGAAUAUCCACCAUGCCCUUCCAGCCCUGAGUAACAUUCAGCGCCCUAGUCUAUACAGCAGUGAACUUACAAUCCCAGAACCUUUAGAAUCUAGGGAUCUGGAAACUCGUGAACUUUUCCCGUACAGAUCAUUCCUUGGCCGGACUGGACCCUUUUCAUUGGCUCUCUGGCAGUUCCAUAUGAUUGAAUAUUACAUACAGUUAUGUUUAGCUGGACUCAAGGAGGUGGACAGACAUGUAGCAAAUGGUGAGAUCCUGGGUGUAACACUGUUGAUGGAAGAUGCUUUACAGUCGGGCUACGAGGACCCAUCAUCUCUUGUAGAGGCUGAGGAUGCCGAGUCAAAAGCCAGUAAGAAAGAGGGAUCAGGGUCACAAGGAGGCUCAAGGACAGGGUCACGUGCCACAAGUCGUACAGAUGUACAUAAAGAUCCACAGGAGGGUGUUGUCGCAGUAGUAGGUAACAAAAGUCUUUCUCGGACUCAACAGCCAAUAGAGGCAUACCGUCUGCUGAAGUUCUUCCUCAUGCAAUGGAAAUGUCUGGAGUUCCUUAAGUUUGACUGGGGAAAAUGGCGUCUGCAAGUUGAGAAGAUAGAGAAACCGCCUUUAUUCAAAGAGUUCUGUAAACUGUAUAAGACAGAGAUUCUUAUGCCAGUACUGACCAGCAUUGCUCGUCGUCUUGGACAAGGUGAAAUGUAUGAAGGCAUCGCCUUGGACACAGAUCCACUUGUCAUGCCAAAAGGGGCAUCUGAAAUUGAGGUCAGGUCUAAACAGCUGAUCAAGUUGCUGGAAACAUUUGAAUGUCAUCAAAUCAUGGAGAUCCGGAAGAAGAUUGCAAGGGAGAUGACUCUUGUCACUGCAGAAAGAGCGCGGGAGGAGUCUGCGUUGUCAACAGAUCUGUGGAAACGUCCUGCAAUGAAGGAGAGUUUUACUAUCAACAAACCUCAUUUAACGGAGAACUUUGUUGACUUACUUAUGUCGAAUGCCAAAGAAGGGGAAGGAGGGGAGAUAACUUUCUCCUCAGAUCACCUCAACAGCUGUAUCAUGGAGCUGGCCUCACAAGUAAUGGGGCGAGAGAAGAGCAACUUUGAAAGCUACACAAUGUAUUAUGAGAACCUGAUGAAGGUGCAUCACCAGCUGCUUUACCAGAAGGAACAGGAAGUGAAGCAACUUAAGGACCAGAUCAAGUUGUACCAGAACAACAUCCAAGUGGAAGUCCAGUCUGAUCUAGCUACACAGGCACAUGAUAUGUUGAUGGAAAUCACUGCCCUGCGAGCCAAGAUCUAUGAGAUGCGAACGACAACACUGAAUCAGGAGGCAGAGAUACGAGACAAAGUGAAGAAGGAAUACAACGACCUCAUUGGGAACAUGAUGGAACUAUGUGAUCACAUCAAGGCAAAGUUUGACGAGUUCAGGCACGAGUUACAUGAUGACGUGAAUGAUAUGAUCACAGAUACACGACGAGAAACACUCAGGGCCAUGGAGAGUGUCAAACAAAAAUCAAUGGCAGAUGCAGAUGAAGAACUGAUCCAGAGAAACCUUGCCAAGUCUGAACAGAUACGAGAGCUGAAGAACGAGAACCAUAAUCUGAACGUCUUGGUCCUCAAGAUCAAAGCAAUGAACAACUGGAGACAAAAUCACACCAACCUGGGCUUUGUUAAAACAAUAAACAAACUGAAGAUGGAUGCUAACCAGAGUAAGAAAGAAUAUGUCCAAAUUAAGAUGAAAGCAGAUGAGAAAGUGAUUUUACUCCGGCAACAGCUGUCUGCUAUCAGAAAGGCUCUCACCUCUACAGAAAAAGAAUGUAGUGAAAUACGUAAACAGCUUGACAAAGAGUUGAAGGAGAAAUUGGAGAAGACACAUGAAGAAAUGCAGCGAGCAGCAAGUCAGAAACAGCUAGAAAUGGCCAAGCAAGCAAACAUAGAGAAACUGGUGAAGGAGUUGGACUACAAGGACACAAGGCUAAAGACAAUGUUAGACGUCCAGGAUAAAAACCAGAAGUUCCAGAUCAUCCAACAGGAAAAAGUACGCAAGGAUGUGGACUGCAUCAAGAAACAGCUCAACCAUGAACGUGGGCUUAAACUGGAUGCCUUCAACCGUGUCGAUGAACUCCAGACUCAUGUAUACGAUAUGGAAUCUGCCUUUAUGACCAGGACACAGUCUGCCAUUACAACACGGCCUCUUUCUCCUGCCCAAACAGUCAAGUCCAAUAACUCCAAACGAGCUCAGUCUGCCUACGGAACAGCACGGAGUCGGAUGUCCAGUCGUGGAACUCCCACAUCCUCCGGGGUCUGGCCUCCACCUGUCUCCUGGCCUGCGGGUCACAGGAGCUUGACCGCUGUCCCACCCUCCACGCUUGACCACAACAACCUCGACAAGAAGCCUAUACAGCGACCCAAAACUGUGCACAGUCGACUGCGGAGUAGGAUUGCAGAACAGUUGAUGAAUGAACUAGAGUUAGACAAUGAAAGUACUAUCAUACAGCUGGAGAAAUUACAGCUAGACAGUAGUCGUCCCAAGGAAACUGCAUACUGAUCAUCAGACAAGGGACAUAACUCAAGGAGAUAACGAGGAGAUAAAUUAGCUUACACAAGAUAUCAUUA